AUGAAAACAUUCUCAUCACCAUAUAUAGUUUUAGUAGUCCUUGUCCUGACUACAGUAAUAAUAAGUUCUUUGGAAGUUGAAGCUGGAACAUGUAAACCUAGUGGAAAAAUCAAAGGCAUAAAACCUCCGAAAGGUAAAUGCAAGAAAGGUUUUAAUUCUGAUUGUUGUAAACCAGGAGAAUCUUACACAACAUACAAGUGUUCUCCCUCCGACCGUCGAGCUGUUUUGACGAAAAAUAGUUUUGAGAAAGGUGGAGAUGGAGGAGGGCCAUCGGAAUGUGAUAAUAAAUAUCAUUCUGAUGACACUCCGGUGGUAGCAUUAUCAACUGGAUGGUACAACAACGGAAACCGAUGUUUGCACAAAAUAAUCAUUAAAGGCAAUGGACGCAGUGUCGUGGCUAAGGUGGUAGAUGAAUGUGACUCGACCAUGGGCUGUGACGGAGAGCAUGACUAUCAACCACCAUGCCCUCACAACAUCGUCGAUGCUUCCCCAGCAGUUUGGAAAGCUUUGGGUGUUCCUCGUGAAAACUGGGGCAACCUCGAUGUUACUUGGUCUGAUACAUGCAAACCUAGUGGAAAGCUCAAAGGGGUAAAACCUCCACCAGGUCAAUGCAAGACAAAUUUCGGUGCUGAUUGUUGUAAACCAGGAAAAUUUUACACAACUUAUAAGUGUUCACCCACGGACCGACGAGCUGUUUUGACGUUAAAUGAUUUUCAGGAAGGCGGAGAUGGUGGUGGACCAUCAGCAUGUGAUAAUCGAUAUCACCCUAACAAUACACCAGUUGUAGCGUUAUCAACUGGAUGGUUUAACAAUCAGAAACGAUGUCUACGCAAAAUGACGAUCAAAGGUAAUGGACGGAAUGUGAUGGCUAAGGUGGUUGAUGAAUGUGACUCGGCCAUGGGUUGUGACAAGGAGCAUGCUUAUCAACCACCAUGCCGUAAUAAUAUUGUUGAUGCCUCCCCGGCAGUUUGGAAAGCGUUGGGUGUGCCUCGUGCAAAGUGGGGCAACCUGGUUAUCACUUGGUCAGAUGCUUAGAUAUACUUAUUUAUGUUUAUGUAAAAUAAAACCGGGUUCUGUGAAUUUGGGAGUAUCAGAAUUUGUUGCAGGGUUUUAGGCAGUAUUGUGGUGC